UUUUGGUGGCAUAUAAUUUCCAAUUUUUCGGCUGCCGUUUAAAAUUAUCACAUCUACUCAAGAGCUUAAGCUUCUGCGGUUGCAACACAAUCUUGAAUCUUCCAAAUUUGGGUUCAAUCCCAAAAGGGUCAUUGUCAGAAUAAUUUCUUGUGACAGCUAUUCCUCUUUUUUUUUGGCAAUUUUUUGCUUUUUUUUUGGGCUUCUUUUUGGUUUUUAAUUUAGGUGGAAUGUUAGUACUUGUCAGAUAAAUAGUUCGCGUAAUGAUGCUGUCAAGCUAGUGAUUCGAGUGAGGAUGGUGGUGGUUUUGUUACCAAAGAUUGAAGCUUUGAUGAGUUCAGUUCAAAUUUUCAGUUUGGGUAGAUUUCAGUAAUUGGAUGAACUUAAGGUUAGAUUUAGGAAACUGAUUUUGUAUUUUGGAGAAUUUGGAUGAGGACUGAAGAAAUUCUCUGCCUGAUUGGUGUUGGGAAUUGGGAUUCUUUGCUUGAAAUUAUCUGCUCAUCAGGAGAUAAGCAUUGUAGCUUAUUAGCUUAGCACUGGAUCUUUGCUGAGUGAAGGGCGAGAUGGAGUUUGUUUUCCCUUGCAGUGUUUUAUCGGCUUAUGGGUUGAAUUCUAUAUGUAAUGAAAUGAUCAGGCUUUGAUGUGUGAACUAAAGUAAUGGGUAGUCCUGCUGAGCAAUCAUCAUCCAUAAGUCUAACUUCAUCAUCUUUUGUAUCAAAUGGCUCCGAUGGUUAUAACACGAAUGCCUCUGGUGGUACCUCUGAGGCAAGGUCUGCUCUUCAGAUGAUUAGCUUGAGCAAGCUCAGUAGUAAUUUGGAGCAAUUGUUGCCUGAGGCUGGCUGUGAUUAUAGUGAUGCUGAGAUUGAAGUUGAGGGGAUAUCAAUAGGCAUCCAUCGAUGCAUUGUAGCUGCUAGGAGUAAAUUUUUUCAUGAUCUUUUCAGAAAAGAGAAGGGAUACGGCAGUAAAGAUGAUAAACCAAAGUACACCAUGGAGGAGUUGUUGCCUUAUGGUAAAGUCAGAUAUGAGGCUUUUCUUAUUUUCUUAGGUUAUUUGUAUACUGGGAAGCUGAAGCCUUUCCCAGUUGAGGCGUCGAAAUGUGUAGAUGCCAUGUGUGCCCAUGAUGCAUGUAGACCUGCUAUUGAUUUUGCUGUGGAAUUGAUGUAUGCAUCUUCAAUUUUUCAGAUACCAGAGCUAGUCUCACUCUUUCAGAGGCGUCUUCUCAAUUUCAUUGGCAAGGCUUUUGUUGAAGAUGUCAUCCCAAUACUUGUAGCUGCCUAUUAUUGUCAAUCAAACCAGCUUCUCAGUCAAUGUAUCGAUAGAGUCUCAAGAUCGGACAUUGAAAGCAUCUCUCUUGAGAAAGAGAUCCCUUGUGAAAUUGCAGAGAAUAUUAAAUCAUGUCGUCUGAAGUCUGAUGCAGGAGAAAAAGAUAAUGUGGUACUAGUGGAUCACUUGCAUGAGAAGAGAAUUAGGAGAAUACACAAGGCUUUGGAUUCUGAUGAUAUUGAACUUGUCAGACUUCUCCUGACUGAGUCUGAUGUAACUCUAGAUGAAGCUUAUGCUCUACAUUAUGCUGUCGCUUAUUGUGAUCCCAAGAUUGUUUCUGAGCUUCUUGGUCUGAGUUUGGCUGACGUCAACCUCCAAAAUGCUCGGGGUUACUCUGUACUUCAUAUUGCAGCUAUGCGUAAGGAGCCAUCCAUUAUUGUAUCACUUUUGACCAAGGGGGCUUGUGUAUCAGAAACAACAUUGGAUGGGCGGACUGCUGUUAGCAUUUGCAGGAGGUUGACAAGGCCAAAGGAUUAUCAUGCCAAAAUCAACCUGGAGCGGGAAUCAAGUAAAGAUAAGAUAUGCAUUGAUGUCUUAGAGAGGGAGAUGCUAAGGAAUCCGGUGGCUGGAGAUGCAUCAUUUUCUUCCCUCAUACUGACUGAUGACUUGCAAAUGAGACUGCUCUACCUGGAAAACAGAGUGGCAUUUGCCCGAUUGUUCUUCCCUGCUGAAGCUAAAUUAGCCAUGGAAAUUGCAAAUGCUGAGACAACAGCUGGGUUUGCUGGUCUUUUAGCUUCAAGAGGUUCAAGCGGGAACUUGAGGGAAGUUGAUUUGAACGAGACACCGUUGGUGCAGAAUAAGAGACUCCUUUCAAGAAUAGAUGUGCUAUCAAAAACAGUUGAGCUAGGACGGCGCUAUUUCCCUCAUUGCUCCCAAGUGCUGGAUAAAUUCAUGGAGGAUGACUUGCCUGAUUUGUUCUAUCUUGAAAAAGGCAGUGUAGAUGAGCAAAAAGCUAAGAAGCAGCGCUUCGUGGAGCUCAAAGGUGAAGUUCAGAAGGCAUUCAGCAAGGACAAAGCUGAGCUCCACCGCUGUGGUUUGUCUUCCUCAUCAUCUUCGUCUUCGUUGAUAGAAGGUGUAAAUUGCAAAGCUAGGAAACUGUAAGGACAUGUUCAACCCUGUAAAGGUUAUGUGAAAUCUACCCUGAAGCAUAGUUUUGUACUUUUGUGUGGAAGUGCAGCUGACACCCUUGAGCCAUGGUUUUGUAUGCAAGUGUUUUGAGGAGCAAUUUUCUCUUAGUGUUAAAAGCUGCAGGACUCAGAGCGAAUCCUUUGGAUAUCUAACUUGCCAAUGUAUAAUUCAGAAGUUAGACCAAGGGAAAAUUGGUCAUGAAUGCUGAAUCUUUGUGCAAUUUAAUUAUGAA